GAGGUUAGUGAAACGCUAUUGACAUUAGGGACCGUCGCAUGUCUGAAGUUGAAACUCGAAGUUUACCGUAAUGUUUGUGUUUGGUCGAGAGAUUUCAUGAAAAGUGUGAUUCCUUGAACGGAGGGGGAAAAGUUUUCAUCUUGCCUGAAAUGAACAUACGAAGCUGUUGUUAAUUUCCGCAGUAGCUUUUCUCGAAAUGUUGUUGUGGUACAGCCGACGUCGUUUGACUGGAACAGAGGUGAUAAAUUCGUACACAUCAUAAAGGGGAAAAUCUGAAGCGGGGCUAACAAUGGAGAAGUACGAGAACCUUGGCCUGGUGGGUGAGGGCAGCUAUGGUAUGGUGCUCAAGUGUAAGCACAAGGAAACCAAUCAGAUUGUGGCCAUUAAAAAGUUCCUUGAAAGUGAAGAUGAUAAGAUGGUGAAAAAAAUUGCAAUGCGAGAGGUCAGAAUGUUGAAGCAACUGCGGCACGAAAAUCUUGUAAAUUUGUUGGAGGUGUUUCGAAGGAAAAAAAGACUUUAUUUGGUGUUUGAGUUUGUUGACCACACAGUUUUAGAUGACCUUGAAAAGUGUCCAAAUGGACUAGAUGAAAACACAGUGAGAAAGAUCCUGUGGCAAGUUUUAAAAGGCAUUGAGUUCUGUCAUCUACAUAAUAUUAUACACAGGGAUAUCAAACCUGAGAACAUCCUGGUGAGCAAGUCUGGAGUUGUGAAGUUGUGUGACUUCGGGUUUGCCCGCACACUAGCUCAGCCAGGUGAGGCGUAUACAGACUACGUUGCAACGAGGUGGUACAGAUCCCCAGAGCUGCUGGUGGGGGACACCAAGUAUGGCAGGGCUGUGGAUAUCUGGGCUAUAGGUUGUCUGUUGGCAGAAACUUUAACUGGUGAGCCUCUGUUCCCAGGAGAAUCAGAUAUAGACCAACUCUACCACAUCGUCAAAUGCUUUGGAAACUUAACACAGCGACAUAAGGAAGUUUUCCUAAAGAACCCUUUGUUUGUUGGCAUGAGGUUACCAGAAGUGAGGGAACUUUCUCCACUUGAAAAGAAGUUUCCAAAAAUUUCAUCACAAGCUUUGGACUUGAUGAAGCAAUGUUUACAGUUAGAUCCUGAUGACAGACCGACAUGCUCACAAUUGCUGAAACACGAGAUGUUUCAGAAGGAUGGAUUUGCUCAGAAAUUUGUUAAUGAUCUGAGGUCAAGGGUACAGAGAGAUCAUCAGGAUAACCCUUUGCUGAAGAAGAACUCUGACAACAAAGAUAAUGACGAUAACAAAAACUCAAAGAAAAAGAAGAAAACUUUGGAGAAGAAGCCACGGGACAAAACCAACCCUGCACGGACUGACCAUAUCUCUUCAUUCAAGGAUGCAAAGGAAACCAAUGAGGAGAAACCAAAGAGAAAGCUGCCCGAGCCUGAGAAGAUAGUGAAGAAACCCACUUCAACACCUCCAGCAGCUACCACUGUAAAUGGUUCCAGUACGUUUCCUCCUGCCGGUGCAGCACCCAGCCUUGUCACAGCUAACAAACAGAGCAGCUCACAUAUGGUCAUUUCUAAUGAUACAGACUCAUCCCCUGAGGAGUCCUUCAGCAGUAUGCCUCCUAUAAAUAUGUAUGGUCAGACAGUUCACAACACCCAGUCAAUACCAGCCAUUAACAGCCCCAGUUCUAUGACACCCAGUGUAGCUACAGUAAACAAUAUAACCCUAGGUAGCCAGCCCAUGGGUUCAGCCCCUUACGCUGGCCCCCCACCACUGAGGGUAAAUGAUAAAUCCUCCAAAAAGUCCACAAAUGGCAACCACACUCAUUACAGUAAGAAAGGUCCCCCUCCAAAUCACCACAGUGUGAGCAUCAGUCCCCAGCCCCUGCAGUCUGAGAAGAGCUCUCUACAUGACAAAGCAAACCAGUAUGAUAAGUCCACACCAACCAGAUGGAAAGGAGGAAAAGAACCAGAGAAGAAAGAUGUCUUCAGUCUACCAGAGGUCAAAGGUGCUGAAGCAAAUCCACACAAAAAAGAAAGGAAGGACGAGAAGGAGAAAAAGAAGUCUGGAGGUGUGACAAUACCUCACAUCACAAAUAUAGACCCCUUCAACUCUUCACAGCCAAAUGGUAGUGAUUCCAAUCUGCCGUACGUAUGACUAAGUGAGAAGUGGGGCUGGAGGAGGAAAUGACAAGGAUGUGACGAAGUAUGAUAACACUAGCUGUUGUACUGAAUACUUGUGGCUGUCUAGGGCAGCCAUCCUAAGUGUACACUGUGCAUCCUGUUCUUCAGCACUAAUGAGCGCUGGAUGCCCACCACCUAUCAGAUUGGACAGGCCAUACAGAGAUACAGACACGGCUUGUGACAGUAUUACAUGGACUUCCGGAGGAAUGCAUGCAUGGGUGCUUUGAUCAGUGCUCAGACUAUAUAGCCCACUGUGUCGCAUGAACACCUUGUAUGAGAUUGUGGUCCAGUUAUAGGUCCACUUCCACAUUACCAGUACAGGACUUUCGUAAUGUCCUCUGUUUGUAACCUGUACACCUUUUGGCAGAAUGCUCACAAAUAUGUGUUUAUGCCCUGCUGUUUCUCCUGGGAUAAGCUCUUACCUUUAAACUAUACCUGCUUGAUGCUCAGUCAGUUCAGUACAGCUCAAUUUGCAGAGCCAAAUCCCAUAAUGCAAUAUACAUGUAUAUGUACAUUCAUAUAAUCUUACCAGUAUGAGGUAAUAAUUGUAUUUCACAGUAUGUAUGCUCCAAGCUUUUGUAGUGACUGGCAAUAUCCAUCUACGUGGCCUCUCUUUCUCUUAUCUGAGAUUUGGAAUUGGUCAGAAACCAAAGAAAGGUGAUCAAAAGCCACAAGGCCUCACCAGUAGCUUCUUCAUGCCUUCAUAUGUGGCUGAAUGAAAUUCUGUUUAUUUUUACAGAUGUGGGGUCUCUUACACAGAGCUAUUGUAGGCUAAGUUCAUUGUAACUACCAUGGCAACAUAUGUUUUUAACAUGUCAACUUACAGUCAGCUUUGCCUACAGUCGUUAUGUACAAGUGGCCCCUGAUAUAUAUCUUCAGUGUUUGAGUGUGCAAUGUAUCUAUUCUCACUAUAUUAGAUCUGUUUUAAUAACAAAGAAAUUACACUUCAGUAUAAAAAAUAUUGUUCACUGAAAUGUUCCACAAACAUUGAUAACACAGCACUUGUUAUGUGUGAAUAAUGUGUAUUUAUUAUGAAAAAACAAAUGUUAAUAUUUUGUAUUCAUGUAUAAUUGUAUUAUGUGAAGUAUUUUACUUUCUGUGAUACACCUGGUCCGAAAAUCAUUGUGCCUUAAAAGAAAAUGAAUGUGUUUUGUUUAACAUAGUUUUUUUUAUUAUUUAUUUCUCAAUUUACAUUGCAGAAGAUGUAAUAUAUAUUUUGCCAGUGUUCUUGUUUCAGUGUUUGACAUUGCUGUCAUCUAAUGAUUACCAACUGUUUCUUACUCAGAAUAAAUGACUGUUUUCAAAUAAUACCAUGCCAAGUAUGAUUUACAUUCUGUAUUUUUCCUUUUUUUAUUGGUUGUUGAGAUUUAUGUAUCCACAGCAAAAGAAAAAAGUAAAAAAAAAAAAGCAAAUAGUUCAUCUAGAAUGAAUCUGUAGAAAAGGUAUUCUCAAAGCAACUGGAAGAUUUUCAAUGAUAGAGACCUGAAUGAAGUAGAUAGGCUCUACUCUCAACAGGAGAAAUUAGUAACUGAUAGAAGAUU